AUGGGAAAGGGAGCGUUGCUUGGAAAAGGACUUGGAAAAUACCUCCAGGGACGGGUCGAAGUACCGAUCCUGGUUAACAAACAGGACCAUUAUGGUUUGGGAUAUAAGCCUAAUGCGAGGGAAAGGAGGAAGGAGAUGGAGAAAAAGCAAGAAAAGAGAAGGACACAUUUGAGCGGGAUAGAAGCCAAAUGGGGACCGAUAACCUUUCCCCAUAUAUCUAAGACUUUUGUUUCGGGGGGAAUUGUUUACCCUGAGGAGAAGGAUGAGGUUACAGAAGGAAGGAUUGGAAGGUUGGACAUCAAUGCCAUAUCCGCGGAAGAAAGGGUGGAAAAGAAUUUAUCGGGUAUUCGCCCUUACGAACCGUCUUCAGAUAUCAACGAGAUGAGCGACGCUGUUACUGACUCAGGAUCCCUUUUUGAACAAGACGUGAGUAUAGAUGAUCCUCAGGAUUUUGAAGAUGACCAAGACAGCGUUUUGUCUCCAAAUCUGUUGAGAAUGGUGAAGGAAGAAGAAAAACAAAUCCUACCCUAUAAGGAAUCAGUAGAAGUAGUGAGCUUAGAAGAGGGAAGGAAUGUAAAUAUUGGUACUGGCAUCACUAAGGAAACAAGGCAAAACCUCGUUGAGUUACUUCAAGAGUUUAAAUAUGUCUUCGCAUGGUCCUAUCAAGAUAUGCCGGGGUUGAGUACUGAUAUCGUGGUACACCGACUGCCUAUAAAGGAAGAAUUAUUCGAAUGGGUAGCCAAUAUAGUCCCUGUUCCUAAGAAAGAUGGGAAGGUUCGAAUGUGUGUGGACUACAGAGACUUGAACAAAGCCAGCCCAAAAGAUAAUUUCCCACUGCCUCAUACCGAUACCUUGGUGGACAACACGACUGGAUACUCACUUUUCUCCUUCAUAGACGGCUUCUCAGGAUACAACCAGAUAAAAAUGCAUCCUAAAGACAUGGAAAAGACUACAUUCAUAACUAUGUGGGGGACGUUUUGUUACAAGGUGAUGCCAUUCGGAUUGAAAAAUACCGGGGCAACUUAUCAAAGAGCCAUGGUAACCCUAUUCCAUGACAUGAUGCACAAAGAGAUCGAGGUCUAUGUUAACGAUAUGAUUGCGAAGUCUAGAACUGAAAAAGAGCAUGUACAAGUGUUGAGAAAAUUGUUCCUAAGGUUAAGAAAAUUCCAGCUAAAACUUAACCCAGCCAAAUGUACUUUCGGGGCUAGAUCAGGAAAGCUGCUGGGAUUCUUAGUCAGCGAAAAGGGAAUUGAAAUUGACCUAGACAAAGUUAAAGCCAUACAAGAAUUACCUCCACCGAGUACUCAGAAAGAAUUAACUGAGAAAUGUGACCCCAUCUUCCGUCUUCUUAGGAAACAUAAUCCAGGUGUAUGGGACGAGGAGUGCCAGAAAACUUUUGAAAAAGUUAAACAUUACCUGUCUAACGCCCCAGUAUUAAUGCCACCAUGCCCGAACAAGCCACUGAUACUAUACUUGACAGUAUUUGAAAAUUCCAUGGGGUGUGUGCUCGGCCAACAUGAUGAGUCAGGACGAAAAGAAAGAGCAAUCUACUAUCUUAGUAAGAAGUUCACUGAAUGUGAAACGAGAUACUCGACAAUCGAAAAAUUAUGCUGCGCCUUGGUCUGGACUACGCGGAGAUUGAGACAAUACAUGUUAUACCAUACGACUUGGUUAAUCUCAAAGUUGGACCCUCUGAAAUACAUGAUGGAAUCGACUGCUCUAAAUGGAAGGAUGGCCCGAUGGCAAAUUUUACUGUCUGAAUUUGACAUAGUUUAUGUGAAUCAAAAGGCUAUAAAAGGGGGCGCAAUAGCAGAUUUUUUGGCUAGUAGAGCUUUAGAAGAUUUUGAGCCCUUGAGCUUUGAUUUUCCAAAUGAGGAUCUGAUGUAUGUGGCAACCAUUGAAGAUGAUAGCCAAAGAGGCGAUGUUUGGAAAUUAAACUUCGACGGAGUUUCAAACACCGUAGGCAACGGAAUUGGGGCAGUCUUGGUAUCUCCGAAUGGAGAUUAUUAUCCAUUCACCAGCAAAUUGGACUUUGAUUGUACAAAUAACAUGGCAAAAUACGAAGCAUGCAUCAUGGGUAUCCGUGCAGCUAUUGAGCGUAAAAUCAAAGUACUAGAGGUGUAUGGAGAUUCCGCACUAGUAAUCUAUCAGCUCAAAGGCGAAUGGGAGACAAGAGAUCCCAAAUUGAUCAGUUACCGAAAGCUGGUUCUCGAAUUGAUUGAGGAAUUUGAUGGUAUCAGUUUCUGUUAUCUCCCGCGAGAUGAGAAUCAAAUGGCCGAUGCUUUGGCUACAUUGGCUUCCAUGAUGAAAGCAAAUAAACAGGAGGAUGUAAAGCCUAUCCAAAUGAGCAUUUAUGAUGCUCCAGCCCACUGUUGUAACGUUGAAGAGGAAAAAGACAACAACCCUUGGUAUCAGGACAUACUACGAUAUGUGAAAAAUCACGAAUACCCGAGCCAAACAACUGAGAAUGACAAGAGAACGCUGAGAAGGCUGGCUAAUGACUACGUCUUAGAUGGAGAGAUCCUGUACAAAAGAGGAAAGGAUCAGGUGCUGUUAAGAUGUGUGGACGUUGUGGAGGCCAAGCAGAUCUUGGAAGAAGUCCAUGAUGGUAUUUGUGGAACACACGCUAACGGUUUCACAAUGGCUAGACAAAUCAUGAGAUUCGGAUAUUAUUGGUCUACCAUGGAAGGAGACUGCAUCAAAUAUGCUAAGAAAUGCCAUAAAUGCCAGAUUUACGGAGACAAAAUUCAUGUGCCUCCCUCACCUCUUCACGUCAUGACUUCCCCAUGGCCUUUCUCCAUGUGGGGCAUAGACGUCAUUGGGCCGAUAUCGCCAAAGGCUUCAAAUGGACAUCGUUUCAUUUUUCACGAUAGCAGCGGUUUGCAGUCAAUUCAAGAUCAAGCACAACAACUCAUCGCCAUAUCGUCCGAAGAUGAACGGUAG